UAGAUUCUUCCUUUAAUAUUUGAACCUUGGAUGGUGGCAGACCGUUCAGUUCGUGUCAAGUGGUGUGUUCGAGUGUUUCGCUUAAAACGUAAAAUUUUUCUAUUUUAAAGUGGCUACAUAUCUUCCACCAUUCCGCAACUAAUCAAGGGCCAGCCGAAAGGGUGGCUUCCUUCCAAUAAGGGUUCGGGUCGGCUGGUGUGCAGCCCUCUAAGCUUGGUCGACUGGCGUGAGGCACUAAACGGAGACCCCCCGUGGCAGUGCUGACAGCUUACACAAAUUAACUAUUAUUAGAUUUUAGUUAGACACAACUCUGUCCAAGACUGGACACAGGCUGCCUCUUUGCUCAUUCGUACCAGUGACUUGCCCUCUACUGCACCCUACCCUCACCCCUAACCUCAACAUGAGGAAUGUCUCAGUGACCGACAUGAUCCACGUGCUGGACUCGAAAACCACCCCCCAGGACGUGCUGCGGGCCAUCGCCCUCUCUGGAGUUCAGGAGAAUGCUUUCUAUGUCCUUGAUGUUGGAGAUAUUGUCCAGAAACACCAGGAGUGGAAAAUCAAGAUGCCCAGGGUCGAGCCUUUUUAUGCUGUGAAGUGUAACGAUAGUAAGCUGGUGUUGGCUGUGCUCGCUGCUCUCGGCACUGGUUUUGACUGCGCCAGCAAGGCAGAGAUCUCCAAGGUGACUGAACUCGGCGUGGACACCAGCCGUAUUAUCUUCGCCAACCCUGCUAAGAUGGCAUCCCACAUCCGCUACGCUGCCGCCAAUGGAGUCACCACUAUGACAUUUGACAACGAGUGUGAAAUUUACAAGGUCAAGACCCUUCAUCCUAAUGCCAGGAUGGUGCUACGUAUCCGCUGUGACGCUGCUGUUGCUCAGUGUCAGUUGGGAAUGAAAUUUGGCUGUGAUGCGGUAACUGAGGCUCCUCGCCUUCUCAAGCUGGCAGCAAAGCUGGGAGUCAACGUGAUCGGAAUCAGCUUCCAUGUUGGCUCAGGUUGCCAGGAUCCUCCGGUGUUCCGUCGGGCCAUCUCAGCCGCCCGGAAUCUUUUUGACCUUGGCUCACAGCUCGGCUUCAACAUGCAUCUGCUGGAUAUUGGUGGUGGCUACCCAGGCAAUCGUGGCAGCUCCAUUGACAAGAUUGCUGAUGUGGUGAAUGCUGCCUUGGAUGAAUUCUUCCCAUUGACAAUGGGUGUCAGUGUCAUCGCAGAGCCUGGUCGCUUCUACGUCGCAUCCGCAUACACACUUGCGACGCUGGUUCACUCCAAGCGUGACACCAUGUACUACAUCAACGAUGGAGUCUAUGGUUCCUUCAACUGCAUCCUGUAUGAUCACGCUGUCGUCAAUCCCAUCCCACUUGUUAACAAGCCGGGAAAACUGCAGGAGAGUUCUGUGUGGGGACCAACGUGUGACGGUCUGGACCAGGUGGUAACCAGUGUGAUGCUUCCUUCAUUAGACGUUGGGGACUGGCUGGUCUUUGAGGACAUGGGGGCCUACACCCUCCCUGUUGCUUCCACCUUCAAUGGCUUCCCAGUGCCCAAAGUGCACGCUGUCAUCAGUGAAGAUCUCUGGAACUCCUUGAAGAACUUGCUGCCACUGACUGAGGAUCAUUUCACUCUCCAGAACAACAACUGGGAGUCAAUUUGGGACAUGCCCUCCCCUCCCCUGUCUUCUUCUCCCCCCUCCCCCUCAUCCUACAUGUAUGAGCUCAUCGCUUGAUCGGACUUCUGGCUACAAUCCUGGCACCCUCAGUUGCGUUAGCACAGACUGCCGCCAUCAUUCCUUCUCUACACGAGACCGCCUACACGUACACUUAACAUGUGUUCAUCAAUGUUCUGCAUUUAACAGAUUUCUAGAUUUGCAUUGGAUGUAGCUUUUUAUUUCCAUAACUGUUAAUAAAAGUAACUUUUUAUUAUUGUUUUAAAAAUAUCUAUUUACUUUGGUUACAAAUUGUACGUUAGGCGUGCUUGUGUGGUAUAGUGCUAUCACAACUUAUUCGGCUUGUGAUUUUCGGUUUGUGGAUGAUUAUUUUAUCUCUUGGUCUUUUAAAUCAUAGUCUGAUUAUUUGAGUCACCUUCGCACAAUUGUUAUCGUAUAUAUUCUUGUUUACUCUAUUAUUGUUUUUGUUUAAACAGGGUACUUACUUGAUGGAAUUUGUUAUUUUGAUUUUUUACUUCUUUGUUUGUAAUUUCAAUACAGGUGACAAUGAAUAUUGAAUAACAUUCUAUAAUCUUUUUUAGAUAUAAUCUUUAUUGAAUAUUUUCAGUUUUAUUUUUCUAGUCAUCAGCAAAAUAUUGCUAAUAACAAAAACUUAGCUUUGUUAUAUGUUGAAAAUUUAUAGAUUUUGUAAUUUAAUACUAACAGCUUGAAAGCAUGCUGUACUAAUUUUUACACCAUGUACAAAAAUAAUUAAAUACAUUAUUUAAAAGCUUAACUAGCAGUUAUAAAUGAUGACUAGAAAACUGAAAUAUUAGUCUACCUAGCUGACAACCAUUCCAGAUCAAUUUACGUUGUUUGUUCUUUAUAUAUUUGUAUGUUUCUAUCGGGGUUGUGGGUUGGUAGGAUAAGUAGACGGCGCGUAACAGCCCUGGUGGCGCGGGGCUUGCGGUUCGAAUUUGUGAAGAGGCAGCUUUGGUGGUAAAUCAAAGGAAAUAAUAAUUUUAUGUUUAUUUAAAAUAUUAAUUGUGUGUAAAUGUAACAUUGUGUAGAUGUAGCAAUAAAAUCAUGAAUAUUUA